UCAUCCGCUUUCCCUACCCUGGACUGCAUGCGAAUCUCCCCAGAAACAAACAGCAGCCGCAUAUUCAAAGUGAACCCGGGGCACUCCCAAAGUACCGGGAAACACUACGCUCUGUGUUGUCAUUGGUAAGAAGGGAUAUUACUGGGCGUUCGAUGCGCGCUGCAAACCCACCAAAACUUUAAAUUGUCAGUCAGAUGGAUUUUGGUCCGAGUGGGAUCAGGUUCAACCUCGCGGUCUCAGACGGGAAAUGUGAGCAGUUCGACAAGACGUAAAGACAACCCCAGCCGAGCUGAAGAUGCCCCAGAAGGACCCGGCACCAAAUAUGAAAUCGGAUGCCAGCUCCGGAUUCUACCUCAGCCGGAAGGUGGUGGUGUUCUUCGGCCUGCUCAUCCUGGCGUUACUGCUGGUAUCGACGGUGUUAGCCAUACUCUAUGGCAAGCUGAGGGCUGACAAAACUCAGAUCAUCUCGGCGACCUGGGAACUUCCCAGCACCGACUGGCCGCCUUUCUCUGGCCGUCAGGGUCCGUGGAACAACUCACGCCUACCAAGCACUCUCAUACCCAGGAAUUACCAGUUGGAGCUGUGGCCUCGUCUUGUUCCCGGGCAGCAGGAACUGGAGAACUUCCUCGGCCAGGUGAACGUGACGGUGACCUGCAAGGAGGAGACUGAGAUCAUCUUGCUUCACAGCCAGCAGCUCAACUACAGCGGGGUGGCUGUCAGCGCUCGCCGCUCCGGGUUGCUCUUCUCUCUCACCAUCUUAGACAUCUGGCUUGAAGUUCAAAACCAGUACUUGGUGAUUGAACUGAAUGACACGCUGGUACCGGGGCAAGACUACACCAUCCAGGCCAACUACAGCGGGCAGAUGACGGAGAAAUCUACGGGGCUUUCCAUCAACAGCUAUUUGGAAUGGGGGAUUAACAAAUCUGUCAUUUCAUCACACUUCGAACCGAUAUAUGCUCGAAAGGUUUUCCCAUGUUUUGAUGAACCUGCUAUCAAGGCAACCUUUGAUGUCAGACUUGUGCACCAUUCUCAGUUUCUAGCGCUCUCUAACAUGCCAGCAAUCGAUUUUUCUGAAAGACUGGAAGAGGAUGAUACAUGGCAAGUUACAACGUUUGACACCACCUUGAAGAUGUCUACCUAUUUACUGGCUUUUAUUAUUGCUGACUAUAGUUACAUUAACACAACUUACAAUGGCAUCGAGAUUCGAGUGUGGGCAAGUAAAGAAGACAUAAUGGAUGGUGAUGCUGACUAUGCAUUAAACAUAACAGGGUCAAUUCUCUCAUUCUUUGAGGAAUAUUUCAAUAUAAGUUAUCCUUUACUCAAAUUAGAUUUAAUAGGAUUACCUCAUUCUUUAGAAAGUGCAAUGGAAAAUUGGGGUCUGGUGACUUUCAAUAACGAUGUACUGCUUCAUCAUCCAAAGAAGAAAUUCUUUGGAGAUAAGUUGAAAACAACUUCAAUUAUUGCACAUGAGCUGGCCCACCAGUGGCUUGGAAAUCUGGCCACAAUGAAAUGGUGGAAUGAUCUAUGGCUCAAAGAAGGAUUGUCAACAUACUUUGAAUUCAUAGGUGCUUCUGCUGUACUGCCAUUAAAUGAGGAUGUUUUACAGAUUGCUCCUUUUAUUUAUCUAAUAUCUUGCUAUCAGUUAGAAACGUUUGCAAAUAACCUUCAUCGCUUGUCUGAGAAGGAAGAGGAUGUGAGCAAACCUGAACAAAUUAAUAACAUGUUCAGCCUGGUUACCUAUGUACAGGGUUCCAGUGUCAUCCACAUGAUCUCCCUUCUUAUGACAAGUGAACUGCUUAUGGAAGGACUCAGAUCAUACAUCAAGACAUUUUCUUAUUCAUCUGCUGAGACUGAUGAUCUGUGGAACCAUUUGCAGAUGGCUGUUGAUAAUCAAGAUGUAAUUAAAUUACCAGCAUCAGUAAAAUCUAUUUUGGACCCUUGGACAAAGCAGAGUGGAUUCCCUCUUCUAACAGCUAAUACAACAACUGGCAUCAUAAAACAGGAGGACUUCUAUACAAAGAUGAAAGGAAACAGAACCUCCAAUAACUCAUGGUUUGUUCCAAUUUUCUGGAUGAAGAAUGGAUCUGUGCAACCUCUAAUCUGGCUGAAGGAAAAGUAUGAAACAUUUUCUGAAGUAAAACGUACUACUGAUGAAGAAUGGAUCCUGCUAAAUGUCAAUAUGUCUGCCCUCUACAGAACUAACUAUGAUGAUUACAAUUGGCGUCAGCUGGGACAACAAUUAAACAAUGACCCAUCUGUUAUUCCAGUUGUCAACAGAGCACAGAUCAUCGAUGAUGCAUUUGAAUUUGCAUGGAAAGGAUAUACUGAUAUUGGAAAUGCUUUAGGGACAACAACAUAUCUUGCUAAGGAACAGGAAGGCAUUGUCUGGGACCUAGCCCUGGACCAUCUAACACAAGUUGGAUUCAUAAUAAUCACAUCCUCAUCAUACGGGCUUUAUAAGAAAUACCUCUCCAACCAAAUUGUUCCAUUUUAUGAUUAUCAGAUGAAAUUGAUCAGUGAAGAUGUCAAUAAUAUUCAAAAUCACGAAUUUGUCACAGAAAUAUUCAGUUCAACUAUAAAAACAGCAUGUCUUCUUGACUUAAAGGACUGUAUGGAUCGAACAUUGAGUCUUUUAUCGCAAUUCAUGAGUGAUCCAAUGAACCAAACAUUUCCACAGCCUCUCAGAGAAGCAAUCUUCUGUGGGGCUAUUAGAGCUGGCACAGACAAAGAAUGGGAUUUUGUAUUUUCAGUUUAUCAGAAUCAAACUUUAAGAUCAGAAGGCAGAGAUCUAAUUUAUGCUAUGGCCUGUAGCACUGAACCAUGGAUUCUAAACAGAUAUUUACAAUAUACAAUGGAUGUGUCAAUUUUCACUAAGCGUCAUGUUCCGGAGGUUUUUAAGUCUGUUGCAAAUAAUCCCAUUGGUUGUUUUUUAGUACGGAACUUCAUAAAAGAGAACUGGCAAGUUCUUCAAAAUACGUAUACAGACAUCUAUGAAUGGGAAAUUUUAUCCUGGAUACUGGUUGACAUUGCAUCUGACUUUGAACACCCAGAGCUUCAACCAUUUCUCAACAAUUCAGAACUACAUUUCAUUGAAUUAAUAGAAAAGAAGUUCAAAUGGAAGAAGGAUAUUUAUUCUAAAAUUCACAACUGGUUGACUAAAAAUGUACAUGCCAGUUAAAGCAUUUUUUUGAAAAUAUAAUCAAGUGUACAAAAGUGCAUAGACUAAAGGAAACCCAUCCACCUUUCCUCACAAAUAAUUCUUACCUCCCUUCUUCUGUACACCGGCUUCAGUCACGUUCUUGUUGAUUCCCACCCCUACCAACACUCCUCUUCACAUAGAAUUUUCCUUUAAUUUUGUUAAAUUCCUUGGCAGUUAAUCAUUCAUUGUAUUGAAGUAUAAACCAGGCUUUACUAUUAUUUCCUUUUAUAGUAGAAAAUUUCUUUAAAUAACUAUGAUUUAAGUCAAAGAAAAUCAGCCAAAUCUCCUUAUUUUUUUGAAUGCCACAUUUGAUUUUUUGAUAUUCACCUGCGAACUUUGUAAAAAUUAUUAUUCUUUAUAUGAAAAAGACUACAUACACUUCUCAACUAAUUCAAUUAAUGCCUUGAAGAGCAAAAUAAAACCUCUCUAAAUUAUAUGCUGUGGUUUGCAAAGGCAAACUCAUAUCUCAGCUGGCUUGUUGAUGUACCCAAUGGUUUUUUUAGGUUUAUCCCUUAUAAUCCCAAAAUCUCUUUCCUAAUCAACACAUUUACUGUCAGAGUUGACCAAAGAAGAUAUGUGUACCAUUGCUUAAAAUACUGAGACAGCUUAUUAGUUCUUUGUUUCCAUUACCCUUUUUAACAAAGGGUAAUCAUUACUCGUGCAAUGUAAAUUCUAGCUUUAUUUUUCUCACAUUUGUCUCAAGAGCUUCUGCAAUCCUCAUGCCAAGGUUUUCUAAGACUCUGUACCAAUUGCGUGGUUUCAGACAAGACUGCCAGCUUAUCAGAGAAGCAUAGGUAAACUGCUGACAGAAUUUGUCAAGCCACCUGGUAUGUGUGUGAACCCCAGUGGUGUUUUCCUUGCAAAAAUGUUGGCACUAAAUUAUCAAUUGUGCCUUAAUUUCCUUUGAUGUGCCUAUUGAUGAUAUGUUAUAACUUGUUCUUCGUUCAAUCUGACAAUCAUUUUACAAUAAACUGUAGCCAAUGAUGGCCAA